GCCAAGAUAUCAAAUUAAUAUCAACCUAAAGAAAUGAAGGCCACAAUGCAAGCAACAAAACCAUUACUACUUCAACUUGUUUUGCUUGUCAUUGUUUCAUCAGGUACUUCAAAUCAAGUUAUCGACAAAUUUCUCCAAUGUCUUCCUCAUCAAAUUUACUGCUCCAAACCCAUAAAUAAAGCCAUUUAUACCCCAGACAAUCCUUCUUUUGAAUCUGUUUUACAAGCCUACAUUAAAAACCUAAGGUUUUUAAACAAUACCACCCCAAAACCACUUGCUAUCAUCACCGCCUUGCAUGAAGCCCAUAUCCAAUCAACUAUUAUCUGCGCUAAGUCCAACGGCUUGCAACUCCGGAUCAGGAGCGGCGGCCAUGAUUUCGAGGGUCUUUCUUACAGAUCUGACGUCCCGUUUGUAGUUCUUGACUUGUUCAAUCUCCGAGACAUAGACAUAGAUAUGGCUACAGAGACUGCAUGGGUUCAAGCCGGGGCAACAACUGGUGAACUUUACUAUAACAUCGCCAAGAAAAGCAAAGUCCACGCCUUUCCGGCAGGAGUUUGCAUUGCACUUGGUUUAGGCGGUCAUUUUAGCGGAGGAGGGUAUGGAAAUAUGAUGAGAAAGUACGGUCUUUCUGUCGAUAAUAUUAUCGAUGCGAAAAUAGUUGAUGUCAAUGGAAAAAUUCUUGAUAGAAAAUCAAUGGGAGAAGAUUUGUUUUGGGCAAUUAGAGGAGGUGGGGGAGGUAGUUUUGGAGUUAUCCUUUCUUGGAAGAUCAAAUUAGUUAAAGUUCCUGAAAAAGUAACAGUAUUUAGAGUAGAUAGAACAUUAGAACAAGGCGCAACGGAUCUGGUAUAUAAAUGGCAACAAGUUGCCACUAAAUUAGUGAAAGAAUUGUUCAUAAGAGUUCAACCUCAAAUUCAAAAUCCAACCAAUGAGACGGAGAAGACAAUUAGAGUAGGUUUCAUUGGUCUUUUCUUAGGAAAAAGAGACGAGCUUCUUUCCUUAAUGAAGAAGAACUUCCCUCAACUCGGUUUAAAGCGAGAAAAUUGCACAGAAACGAGUUGGGUCGAAUCUACAUUGUUUUGGGAAAAUUUGCCAAUAGGAACACCUACUGAAGUUUUGCUAAACAGAACAGGACCAGGUGGAAUAUUUUUCAAAAGUAAGUCUGAUUAUGUUAAAGACAUAAUUUCAAAGCAAGAUUUAGAGAACAUAUGGAAGCUUUUCUUGAAAACAGAAGGAAUGGUUAUGCAAUGGAACCCUUAUGGUGGAAGAAUGAGAGAGAUUUCGGAUAGCGCAACUCCUUUUCCUCAUAGAGCUGGUAUUUUAUUCAAAAUACAGUAUUUUACACUUUGGUUCCAAGAAGGGAUAGAGGAAACUGAUCGUCAUAUAAGUUUGGCAAGAAAAAUGUAUGACUCAAUGGCUCCAUACGUGAGCAAGAACCCCAGAGAAGCAUUCCUUAACUAUAGAGAUCUUGAUGUUGGUAGUAACCCUAGUGAUAGGACCAACUUUGGGAAAGCUAAGGUUUAUGGAAGCAAGUACUUUAAGGAUAAUUUUAUCAAGUUAACAGAGGUGAAGAAGAAGGUUGAUCCUAAAAAUUUCUUCAAGAACGAGCAAAGUAUUCCACCCCAAUGGGCUUAUUGAGUAAAAACAUGAAAAGUAUUGUAAAAGUUCAUUGCUAGUCUCUUUUCAUUAAUUUACUUAUAUGUCUUAAUUUAUUGGUGAAUUGAAAAACCUUUUCCCUUGUUAGAAUUUUUAUGGCGGCUUUGUAUUUUAUCUUUGACUAUAUAAUGAAGCUUGUGCUGGAUUUAUACCUUUUGUUAUUGCAUCAUCGCUGAUGCAAUCAA